AUGUCUGAACAUCCUGCGCACUACCAAGGCGAAUUUCAUGCUCGCAAGCCGGGAUCUAAACCCAUGAUGAAAGGAGGCCACCAACCUGGCAUCAAAGUCGGCAACGACCGCUUCCCUGAAUCUCAUGUUGAACUUCAUCCCCCCGGAACCGCCCCAGCCGAAGCAUCCUUCCUACCAAACCCCUACUCAGAAAUCCCCGGCCAGGCCAACAAUCCCGAAGUGGACCCUUCCGGCCGGUCAGACCCCCUAGACUUCCCCGGCGCCACAUCAAAGGACGUGAAUACGGGCUACGGCCGUCCAUUGCAGGGUCAAGAAGGUCGCGAGGUGGCUUCACAACUACCAGGAAAGAAACACACCGGCACAAGAAUGCACCCUCGCGCCCGUAAGAAGGAGGGAACAGGAUUGGGCGCCAUAGCUGCGAAUGCCAAUGCUAGCGAUCCUGUGAGAGAGCACGGAUGGGACCUGCCAGAGGGCGUGGAGAGGGGCAAGAGAGGGAAGGCAAACCCGGAGUGGCCUGGUGCAGAGGAAAGGGUACCUGCAAACGCAGAUGAGAUUGCCGCAGAGCCGGGUUUUAAGAAAUGA